AUGAGUGACUUUUCCGUGCGAGAAUCUGAAGGUCUAAGUGCAUUUAUAAAAAGAGCAAUAGCUGAUCGCGUUAACGAGAGUUUUCAAGAUGAUGAAAAAACUGAAAUAAAUGAUCCUUCUGAAUAUUCAUUGAAAGGUACAGAUAUGGAAUUAGAAAUUGGUGAAAUAUCAAUGAAUAUUAAAGAAAUCGUCAAUGGAUCAGAAAAUUCUUUUGCUUCAAAUGCUUCAGAACUCAAUAGAUUAAAUUACGAAACUCAUCCACAAGCAUUUUAUAUAAGUCGGCCAAUUGAUACGCAAGAGAUUGUAGAAGCUCUAAAUUUAAAUGGUAAGUAUUUCUUAUAG